GCAGAAAGCCAGGCCCAAAUCUACCCCUCUCUGCCCCGAGGGAAUCUGCAGAUCGCCGAUCGAAGUCUCUCACAUUCCUUUCGUUUCUGUGUUUCUCAGAUCAAGGUCACAAUGGAUGAGGUUGUAGUGGCAGUCGACAAUGCCAAAAAGGAGUGGGAUCAAACAUUUGUCCAGACUCAAGAACAUGUGAGAGCAAUUGAGAGUUGCGGAAAAUCCGGAAAAGGGACAGAGGAAGCGAAUUCGCUUCCUAGAUUGAAUGGUGCUGCGCAGGACGGAAUGGCGGUGCUCAGGUCAUUGCAGUUUAAGCUUGACCUUUUAGCCCAACAACUUCCCACAGAAGAGGAGGUGCAGUCUGCCAAUGCAAUUUUGAAGUCAUGGAAGGAACAGUAUCAGAGUUUGCAUAUGAGCUUGAGGAAUGCCAACUUGCAAGCAAAAUCGAAUAUCCAGAAAGCUGCACGGGAAGAGAGGGAGCUGCUUUUAGGAGGUGGUGAAGAGUCUACAAUUCGUAGACGUAAUUUACAGACGAAGGCUGGGAUGACAUCUGCUGCAGAAAGCAUUACUGAGAGCCUUCGACGUACUCGUCAAUUGAUGGUUCAGGAGGUUGAAAGAAGUGCAAGUACAUUGGAAACUUUUGAUCAAUCAACAAGUGUCUUAAAGAAAGCUGAGAGUGAGUACAAAGGACAUCGGUCUUUGCUGAUGCGUACUAGGAGAUUGCUCUCCACAAUGCGCCGUCAGGACGUCUUAGACAGGGUGAUUAUGGUGAUUGGAUUUCUUGUAUUCAUAUCCGCUGUGCUCUAUGUUGUAUCAAAACGGGUUGGCUUGCUAACGUUACAAAGAAAAGUUCUGGGCUUGCCAUUAAAUCGGGAUCAAUAGGCCGUGAACAUUUGGAUGGCCUAAAUCGUUUUCAAGCUAAUAAUGCAGAGGUUAUUCAUCAUCUAAAUGAUGAACUCUGAAUCAUUUUAAUUGCUGCUGUCUCCGCUUGUAUCUCCUGUAUAGCCUCAUUUAUGUUAGGUUGGUUCUUUUGCUGAGAAUAGAGAGUUUAUGCUGGUUUUCUACUUGAAGAGUGCUCAAUUUGUACGAGAGAGUUUCUUUCUCGCUUUUUUAUUUUUAUCUGUAUCUUUAUCUUUCUUCUAGCCUGUUUGGUUGGCGAAAAAACACAAGAAAACAACAUUAUGAGAAACCUAUUUCUAUGAACUUCUCUUUUUCUUUA